AUGUCUAGCCCGUUGUCUAGCCCGUUGUCUUCCCCUCCCUCUUCCCCUCAGCGCUGGACGCCGUUGAAGAGGCGAAAUGUGAAGCCUUCCACAAGCCGCCCAGGCAAGAAAAUGCGGGCGGGUGGCGUGCAAGCCAAUCAAGAGAAAGAUGAUAUCCCUGCCACGACUAGGAGCACCAACCCCAAAGAGAAGAUCUUGUGCGAAUGCGGGAUGACUAUACGUCCCGCCGGCCUCGACAGGCAUUUGAAGACGCACCCUAGCCACGCUUCGGAGUUGUCGUCUUCGGAAGACGAGCUGCCUAUCGCCCCAACGGAGGCGCCUACCCGCCGGACGACGGGGGGUAAGAGCGUCCCCACGUCCAGGCCGAAGAGAACCCCCACUGCAGAUGCUCCCAAGGUGCGCGAGCGGCACAUCGCUCCGCUCCCUUCUCGUGUGCGAGUGCCUACCCCCUCCCAGCGAGCCCAAGCCCCGGCUGCACCGCGAGUGGGAGCAAAGCCCGCAGUUCGGCGCCCAAAUCAACGUCUCACGAAACGACAGUACCACCCCUGCCUGUGCUUCGACUCGAGUGGCGACGAGGAGGUCUCCGCCGGCUCUAGCACAGAAGACGAGGGCGAGCACAAGCAUGGACUGGCCGAAUAUGACGCGGACGACAGCGACAACGAGGACGACACACCCGAGCAAGAGUUUGACGAGAACGAGGACGAGGACGAUGUCCAGUGGAGCGACGAGGACGAAAGCGAGGAAGACGGCGUAUAUACGUACGCCCACACGCCUGAACCGAUCAGCUAUACGGCAUAUGGCUCGGCUUCUGAGGACGAGGACGACUCAGACAAUACCCCUUUGUCCUCUUCUUCUUCGCAUCUUGCCCAACCCGCUCCUCUUCCCGUCGAACUCACCAGCGUCCCCCAGCCCCACCCGGACACCUUCCGUUCGCUUGAGCCGACCAGCCGUGGAAUGUAUGGCUCAUCUUCCUCGGACGACUCAGAUGACGGCUCCUCCUCUUCGUCUUCCUCCUCUUCUUCCUCCUCUUUCGCCAAGCCUGUCAGCGCCCCCCAGCCCCGCGCAGACUCCACUGGUAUGGACGUCGACAUGGACGACGAGCCCCUCGACCCAGUCUACGCUCCAACAAACGGCUUCUACAUGCCAUACAGCCCUUGA